AUGAGCAAUCGAAAUGGCCUCUCAGGGCUUUUUCCUGUUCUUGAACGCAUGCCAAGCGCACAAUAUUCGAGCACUUCUAGUUCGAUAGAUAUUCAUGAUGAAAAAGGUCCAAGGGCUCAAGGAAACGAGAGUUUGGAAAGUCUUGAUAGACAGUUCUUACGAGAGCUGCUCUUUGAGUUUGAUAAACAUGAUUCGUUGGAUUUAAAAAGUCAAACGAAGGAACACAACUUUUAUUUGAGUGAGCUCUUCGCUAAGAAAACCGGUACCUUGGAUGCAAAAGUCAUGGCAAGUGAUGAGUUGGAAGAUUUCCAAACGUAUAACAGAAAGGUCCAACGGGAGUAUGUUUUGAGAAGAAAGCUGGAUGAAAUCAUGUUGCAACGCAACACGCAGGAACCAUUAGAAGUUCUCGGCUCAGAUAAUUUGAGCGCCAAGUUCACAGCAGGCGAAGAAAGUAGCGGGUCAGAUAAUGGUUUCUUGAGAAAAGGUCAGGAUAUUGCCAAUUUUUUGCUGUCGCCGUCGAAACCUGCGGAUGCUGCUCACAGAACGCAAGCGUUCAGAAGACAAUCUAACGACACACAAAUCAUUGAUUUAGAGCACAACGCCGUUGGUGGGAUUGAUAGAAAUCCGAGAUUGAGACAAUCGGAAUUGGACUACCCAAUUUCAGCUUCUACAGAUAGCUUAAACUCCAGAUCGUCCUCACGUUUGUGGAGGAAGAUCACUUCCGCUUUGAACAACUCUGAAAACAAAUAUCAACUACAAAGAAAACUCGAGAGAAGACAUUUACAGGCCAUUGCAAUUGGUGCAACUAUGGGGGUCGGACUCUUUUUGAACUCUGGAAAAGCUUUAUCCAUCGGUGGACCUUUUGGCACAAUUAUUGGAUUCGGUCUCUGUGGGAGCAUCGUGCUGGCCACUAUGCUUUCGUUCACAGAACUGGCAACUUUAAUUCCGAUUUCCUCCGGGGUUUCUGGAUUGGCAUCCAGGUUUGUGGAAGAUGCUUUUGGAUUUGCAGUUGGCUGGACUUAUUGGCUCACAUAUGCUCUCACUUUUGCGAAUCAAAUAGUCGCUAGUAAUUACAUGCUGAGCUACUACAGAAACACCGCCUUAAGUGCAGGCUCUAUGGUGGGCUUCAUAACUCUUUUCCUGGUCAUCGCAAUUGCUGUGAAUCUACUUGACGCUCGACUCAUGGGCGAAAUAACAUACGGAUGCACUUUCUUCAAAAUUUUGGUGACAUCUAUGAUGAUCCUUGUGAUGGUAAUCUUAAAUGCUGGUGCUGGACAUCAGACGCAUGCACGCGUUGGUUUCAGAUUUUGGGAUGCAUCAAAAUCGGAGGGCGAUUUGACAUUCGGAUUAUUUCGACCUACAUUUGACCUUCGCGACUUGGGCUCCGGUAGUCGUAAUGGAAUUGGUGGUGCAAAGGGGCGGUUUCUUUCGGUACUGGUUGUGCUAACUCUGUCGUCGUUUUCUUAUAGUGGGGUUGAAGUGGGUUUCGUCGCAUGCGGCGAAGCCGUAGACCCAAGACGGUCGUUACCUUCGGCAACCAAGCGAACAUUUGUUACAAUCAUUAUACUUUACCUGCUUUCCAUUUUCAUUAUCAGCCUAAAUAUUUACAGCGGGGAUUCUGGUCUUUUACGGUAUUACACGUCCGCAACUGAAGAGCCUAACAGGAGUUUAGUUACUGGAUUCGACACAUCCUGGCACAUUUCCCAACGUUGCUCAAACAGUGACGCCCGGAUAAUUAGUGAUUACAGCAACGGUAGUCAAAGUCCCUGGGUCCUGGCUCUCAAAAGCUUCGGAUUGUGUUCUUUUGCGUCCAUCUUCAAUGCAUUUCUCGUCAUUUUCGGUGUUUCCUCUGCGUUUUCCUCAUUAUAUGCAUCCAGCAGAACCCUUUAUGCAAUGGCAACGCAGGAUAAAGCACCUGCAACUUUCAAACGCUGUUCUCGUCGCGGAGUGCCCUACGCUGCGGUGAUUUGUUCUGGCUUGUUUGGCACUUUAGCAUAUCUGGCUCUGAACUCAAGAUCUUUGGAGAUAUUUCAAGUGCUGGCCAACAUUUCGGGGGCCACCAUCUCGAUCAUUUGGCUGGGACUUAAUGUUUCCUUUUUGCGCUUCUACUACGCCUUGCAGAAACGACCUGACAUAAUUUCCCGAGCAGAUCCGUCUUUUCCAUACCGGUCACCGUUCCAACCUUUUACUGCAUGUUACGGACUUAUGGGUUCCAUGGUAAUCGUGCUGCUGAUGGGGUUUGUCAACUUUUUAGAUGGGUUUUGGAGCACCAAGAUGUUUUUCUCGUCCUACGGUGGUCUACUAUUCUUUGGUGCUACAUAUGCCGGCUACAAACUAUUGAAAAGCUCCAAAAUUCAGAGGCUGGACCAAUUGGAUUUAGAUACAGGGCGUCGUGAGAUGGAUAGGAUGCGUUGGAUAGAGCAUCGUGAGUAUUCUGGUUCUUGGAGAGAACGCACGAAGAUGUUGGUGUCAUGGCUCAUAUAG